AUGAGCGACACCACAGGAGCUGCGGCGCCUAAGCCGAGCAGUAGCGUCAAGCUCGUUCUGCUGGGCGAAGCUGCGGUAGGAAAGUCCUCACUAGUGUUGCGAUUCGUCAACAACGACUUUCAGCCAAACAAAGAGCCCACCAUCGGCGCUGCAUUCCUCACACAAAAAUGCCAACUUCCAAGCAGGACGAUCAAGUUCGAGAUAUGGGACACAGCAGGCCAGGAGCGGUUCGCAAGCCUCGCGCCGAUGUACUAUCGAAAUGCUCAGUCCGCACUCGUUGUGUAUGAUAUCACCAAGGCAAGCAGCCUCGUCAAGGCGAAGCACUGGGUCGCUGAGCUGCAACGGCAAGCCUCGCCAGGCAUUGUCAUCGCUCUCGUGGGCAACAAGCUUGAUCUUUGCGACGACGACAACGCCGAUGCCGAGCAGACAGAAGGCGAGAACGAGACGGAAGAAGACACAAGCACUGCGCGUAAAGUCAGCACUAAAGAGGCCAAGGCAUAUGCAGAUGAGGAGAACCUACUCUUCAUCGAGACAAGCGCGAAGACCGGCCAUAAUGUGAGCGAGGUAUUCACAGCAAUCGCGAAUGCGAUACCUGAGACGAGCUUGAAGGGACCAAGAGGAGGAGCAGGCGGUGGCACCCAAGCUGCGAUCAAUGCUGGCCAGAGCAACAGUAACGUGAAUCUGAAUGCGAGAAGUGAAGCGGGAGCCAAAGAAGGCUGUGCAUGCUGA